UAAGGAAGAGGCAUAAUAAAGAUCUGAAAUGACCAGUUCAUCUCCACAUAUGGUGCUUUAGCUAAUGAAGGGCUUCUUCUUCACAGGUAGACUCAUUAGCUGGCUCGGGCAGAUGGUGGAGCGCGAGAACAGGCUGGAGAUCUGUCCUACAUCUGUGAGAAACUGCUGGACGUUACUGGACAUCUGUAGAGGUCCACCAAUGCGACCGGUCCGCCCGAAUCCCUCGACAGCGCCGGGAGAAGUUCAGGAUGACAUCUGAGAUGCACACGGAAAACAAGAGCAAAAUAAGGCUCGACGGCAUCAGCCAAUGCCACUGAUGCAGAGAUGCUUCCCACUCGAAAGCGUCGGCCAGAAGCCGCCUUCCCGCGGGGUCACGACGAGGUCAAGUUCAAGGAUCUGACCCUGUACCUGGUGGAGAGGAGGAUGGGAAAAAGCAGGAGGAAUUUUCUCUCGAAUCUGGCCCGAUCAAAGGGGUUCUGCGUGGACGACGCUCUCAGUGGUAACGUGACUCACGUCGUGUCUGAGGGAAACGCAGCGCAGGAUCUCUGGCACUGGUUGGAGGAGCAGGGGUUUGGGGAGACACCACACACACACGUGCUGGAUGUCAGCUGGUUUACUGAGAGCAUGAGCGCUGGACGGCCUGUGCCGGUGGAACUGAGACAUUACAUACAAAAUCCUGUUGUGGAUCACAGGUCUUGUGCACAUCCGUCAGGCAAACCAGAGUCUGCUGUGUCUGCAUAUGCCUGCCAGAGACAGACGACAUUGGAUAACCACAAUAAGAUCUUUACAGAUGCGUUGGAAGUCCUGGCGGAGAACAUGGAGUUCGUUGGGAACCGAGGGCCGUGUCUGGCGUUUCGAAGGGCCGCUUCGGUGCUCAAGAGUCUCCGUGCUCCUUUACAACACCUAGAGGAGACGCAGCGCCUGCCCUGUCUGGGGGAACACUGCAAAGCUGUCCUGGAGGAGAUCUUUGAAUGCGGAUCAUCCUCCAGAGCUGAAGACACACUGAAUGACGAGAGGUACCGAACUAUGAAGUUGUUCAGCAGUGUGUUCGGGGUCGGACCCAAAACCGCAGAGAGCUGGUACUGUAGAGGACUCCGCACGUUUGAACAGGUUCUGACUGAACCCAGUAUCAGACUGAACCGCAUGCAGACCGCAGGGUUCUUGUUCUACGAGGACAUCAGUAAGCCGGUGAGCAGGACCGAGGCCAGCGCGCUGAAGAUCAUAGUGGAAGAAGCUGUUAUGUGUGUAAACCCACACGCCACCGUCCACAUUACUGGAGGAUUCCGCAGGGGAAAGGAGUUCGGUCAUGAUGUGGACUUCAUCAUUAAAACCCCCGAGCCGGGACAGGAGGACGCCGUUCUGCCAGCGCUGAUCCAGCGAUUCAAAGCACAGAACAUCCUGCUGUACUCGGACUUCCAGGACUCGACCUUUGACCUGAGCCAGCUGCCGACCCAUCGCUUUGAGGCCAUGGAUCAUUUCAGCAAGUGUUUCCUGAUAGUGAAGCUGAAGAGAGAGCAGGAGAGCGGCGAGCGAGAGGCGAGUCGGGACUGGAGAGCGGUGCGCGUGGAUCUGGUGGCUCCGCCGCUCGAGCGCUAUGCCUACGCCCUGCUGGGCUGGACCGGCUCCACGCUGUUUGAACGAGACCUGAGGCGAUUCGCCAGACUGGAGCGAGGAAAACUGCUGGACAAUCACGCGCUGUACGACAAAGCGACGGUACGACACACACACACACAUGUAUUUAAAUUGAAUUGGCAAAACAUACAGGAAUUUGAAUUGGAAUGUAAAUAGAUCUAUUUAUGUGUUGAUCUGUGAGGCCAGUGAACUUGCAAUGGAAUUGAAUAAAAGUGUGUGUGUGUGUGUGUGUGUGUGAGAGAGAGAGAGAGUGUGUGAGGUGUUUGUUUCACAUGAUUGCAUCC